UGAAGACGUUCAAAGAUUGACUGUCAUGAUGGCUGCUCGCCUCGGAGAACAUACCGAAAACCACAGAAUGGGUGAAUGGAGAUUAUACGUUAAAGCGGUUACCAAAACAAACUACUAACCAGCGAGACACUAUACCCAAAGCAACUCAGGAAGAAUCAGACACGCCAUAAGACACAGCCAUGCCUGUGUAGAGAGAUAGGCCCCUGAGAGUGGACCCCUCCGUUGGCGUCGUCAUCCAGUUAGAGAACAUUACCUCAGCCCCUCCUGCGUGCUGGGCUCCCGGUGCUGGUGCUAGAGAGACAGAAAAAUAGCAGAAAGCUCUCUGUCCUGAAGGAGCUCCAGGGACAUCCUCUCUACAGGUAACGGCUCAGAUGUCACGUCUGCAGACAGGCCUCCCGGAGCACCUGCCCGCAGCACCCGCUGUCUGUCUGAUUUUCCUCGUGGCACGUACAUCACCGAAGGUACCUGGUUUCCCUGUCUGUUGACGUAGUCGCCGUUCUCACGACAGCAAGAUUCUCGUCUGCUCGGUGUUCUCUGUCCUCUCGCAUAGUUUCCGCCACAUAGCUGGCAUUCAGUAAAUAUUUCCUGGAGGCUUCUAAGGAGCGAGAUGCCUCCCCAUCACCUUCGCUGCAUGCUUCUUGGAAGGGGUCGUCAGUCUCCCAUCACAGAAGGGCUUGAAAUGAAAGGCUGACGUCCGUCUGUUCAAACACCCAGCACCUUCUCCUUGAGCGCCCACCGGGCCCCACUCGGGCUCUCGGAAGCAUGCGCACUCACCCACAUUCUCUGGUGUCCUAGCAACCAGAAGCUCUCAUCUGGGCUCUGGCUGGGACAGGGGCCAUUUUCUCCCUGACUGCCAUGACCCGCCGCCUCCCCGGGCCUCAGGGGACCUGUCCGGACAGCUGGUGGGUUCUCUGAAAGCCACCACUCGUCCCCACGGACGCCCAGAAGCCCAGCCCCGCCAAGCCUCCCAGCGGGAUGAGCUUCUCGCUGACGUUCUCCGAGCUGGUCAACAUCGCCGUCCCGCAGUGCGGGGUGGUGAACUUCAAGGCUCUGCACGUCCUGCUUCAGGGUAUCCUGGAGCACAUCCACAUGGCCGAGCUCAAGAAGGUCCUCUCGGGAGACGAGGACUUUCUCCAGUCCUCGCCAGCCGUGUUCAUGCCCCGGGAAGCGGACGCCCAGCCCGUCCUCAGCCCCAUGAAGAGGCUCAGCAAUGUGUUUGACCACGUGGUGAGCCGCGUCGACAAGAUGGAGAGCCAGCUCGCCGCGCUGCAGGACCUGCCCUCCACUGCCCAGCUGCUGGGGAGAAGCCGCGGCGGGGGCCAGCCCGCCCAGGACCUGUGGCACCUGAUCAAGCUCCGGAAGAUGGUGGAGGGCAAUGAAGAAGCCACGGCAAAGUCCAUGAAGACUCUGCAGGAUUUGCUUACUGACAUUUGUGCACUCAAGGGCACCACUGAAACUCUCAGAGAGGAUCUGGACACACUGAAGGACAUGGUUGACAAGAUGCAGCCAGAAGUAAUGGAUUCUUUGCUUGAAGAUCUGAAAGGACAGAACAGGAGGAUGAGUGCGCUACAGCGGGAAGUGGUUGCUCUCCAGAGCAAAAUCCUCACCAUCCCCAAAGCCGACGAUGUGGUACUCUGGAGCAGCCUCCAUGAGGCCAUGUUUGGCCCCGGAACUUCUACAGGACGAGCUGGUCCAACACAGAUUGAGGAUUCAGACCUGUGGCAGUUGGUGGGGCAGCUCCCAGAGAUAGGUCAUCCUAAGACCGAGCACCUUGAAGCUGUAGGUCCUGUCCAGAUCUCAGAGGCCAUCCAGAGCCCCAUGUUACUGGAGACCGGCUGGCAUUAUGAAACCCCAGGGCAGCUACAGGAGGAGGAAUCUGCCCAAGAUGUUCUGCUCGCCGAGGCCCAGGGGCCAGGGCAGCCUCCGGGGCUUGAGCCCGGGGCUGUGCCCGCACCGGGACCACAGCCUGAGGCCAUGCCUGCUCUGGGGCCUGUGCUGACACCCGGUCUGACACCUGGGUUCCCACUCCUACCUGGGUCUCCGUUCAUAGCUGGCCCUGGCCCUUGGCCUGCCCUCAGACCUGGGACUGGCCCUGGACUUGGGGUUGCCACCGAGCCUGGGACUGCCCCCAGUCUUGCACCCGUCCCAGGGCUUCAGCCCCCACCGCAAGAAAGCUGGCCUCCUCCCAGAGGCUUGUCCAGGGCUAGCACGUGGCCCUUCUGGGGCUCAGACUUCUUGCAGCCUGUACAGUCCCAGGUCUUCAGGGCCCCACCUCCAGCCAGGGAGUUUGGCUCAGCGUGGCCCCCUCCCGUGUGGUCACAGUCUACACAAGCAGACGUGCACCUGCUCCCAGCCGUCUCAGAAGCUGAGGAAGACUAUGUAACCGAGGAUGUGCCAGCCCCUCAGGCCAGGGCCCCCAGGAUUGGGGCCCCUAGAGCUGGGGCCCCCAAAGAAGCGCCCAACAAGGCACCCAGCAAGGCUCCCCAGUCUGCCCUUCAGCACCUGAGGACCACCGCGGCCCUUGCAGCUGCCGCCGCGUCCUCCUACGCAGCUGCUGCCACCUCAGCAGCCCGGAGAGCCGAGGUUGUCGCCAAGGCUGUCAGGGAUGCCCCUGCCACCAAAUUGGCCACCAUAGCAACGACCAUGGCUGCAUCUGGGCCCUUAGGGACCUUCGCAGACAUCCUGGGUGCGGGCUCUUCCCGUGGGGCCUCGGCUUUAACCGAGGACACGGAGGUGGAGGACGACCUCUCUUCAGUGUACACUGUGGCCAGCCUCCCUCCUGAAAGGACCCUGUCCCAGGUCAUGCUGGCUGCCCAAAAGGCCGUGACCCCUGAAGACAAGAAGACGGCCGUCAGGUACUCCAUGGGCUGUAUAGCCCAGAUGCCCGUUAGACACGACUCCCUGAAGGAGGAGUUUGCCCAGCUGUCAUCCGCCCUUCAACAGCGCUUGAAUUACCUAGCUAAUUUGGGAGCCUCUGCCAAGCUUGGGUCGACAGUGGAUGUGCUGCAGGAAAAGAUCGGGAGCCUCCAGAGAUCCAGGAUGAAGGAAGAGGAACUCGAGAGAAUUUGGGGCCACCAGAUAGAGAAGAUAAAACAUCACCACAUCGUGCUGGACAGGGCAGUGGAGAAACUCCAGAUUCGCUUGGAUGACUUAAAGGUUGUCCAUGCUCAAAUUAAAAACCUCGAAAUGCAUAAGGUGGACAAAAGUGUGAUGGAGCAGGAGUUGAAAGAGAAAGCCGACAGGAGCACCCUGGCAGGCAAGGCAAGCCGAGCCGACCUGGAGACAGUGGCGACAGAGCUGAAUGAGAUGAUUCAGGGAAUGCUCUUCAGGGUCGUGACCCACGAGGAUGACUGGAAGAAAGAUGUGGAGAAGCUGACCAAGGACCUGAGCACCAAGCUGGUCCACAGUGAUUUGAAUGGUCUGAAGAAAGACAUGGAUGAGAUCUGGAAAGUACUCAGGAAGCUCCUGAUUGAAGGCCUCCGAUUUGACCCUGAUAGCGCUGCCGGCUUUAAGAAGAAACUGUUUGAGCGGGUGAAAUGCAUCUCCUGCGACCGGCCGGUGGAGCUGAUGACGGGCCCGCAGCUCAUCACCAUCCGUAAAGCCCACCUGCUUUCGAGGCUGCGGCCAGCCAGCGCCAAUACCUAUGAGUACCUGCAGCAGCAGCAGAUGAGGGAACACCGGCAGCUACAGCAGCUCCAGGACCUUGGAGACCAGGACAGGAAUCUGGAUUCACUGGGGUCCCCGAAGGACUGGGGAGAUGGCCCUGGCAAUGCCAGCCUCAAGUUCAACUCUUAUGACUUGUCAACACUCUACCCCUACGGGGACCCCGAAGUGUUGGACUAUGACACCGCCGAGGUGGACAUUCUGGGAGUGGACGGCAUACUGUACAAGGGCCGAAUGACCAGCCAGGAUGGGGCACGGCCUUUGACCAGCGUUGAGAAGGAGCUGGCAGCUGUGAAGGUUCCACACCCCCCAACUCGCAACCUGUAUGAUCGUGAACGCCCGAGUACCUUUUAUGGUCCCAUCUACCCCCCCCAGCACCCCCACGCCAGCAUGCGCUCGGCUGCCUCCAGGCCCCCGCCUGCGAUGCCAGCUCGGCCUCCAUCGCUGCCGCCCCUGCCACUGCUCCCGCCACUGACGCCACCCCCAAGGGACACCCAGCAGGCCCCAGGGCCCACCCGGCACCCAAGACUUCUGCGUCUCGAGUCCCGAGGCAGCAUGCAGGCCUCCGAGGAGCCCACCAAUCCGACUGUGUCUAAAUGAGGCCAAGUUUUUCCUGACCCAGGCGACUUACCAGUUCAAGAUGCCUUAGCAGGCACUGGCUGGUGCAGCUCUGGACCCCAACCCACCCCUAUAUCACAGAUGAGUAUUUUUGGCAACUUCUCCCAGAAUAAAAUCUUUCACUUUUUUUUACUGUGGAUGAGGGUGACCGGCCUGGCGCUCUCCUUAGAGGGUGGCCUUGUCUGCCCACAUGGGUGCGUGGACCUGCUGGUCCCUACUCAGGCCCCCACCCCAGGGUCAGCCUCCCGGAGCCACCAGCCAGAACCACUGUGAGUUCCCAGGAGUCCCAGGAGAGAAGCAACAGCAAACCUUCUUGCCUCCGCUAUAUUUUCCAUGAUGGCAAAGUGUGCCGAGGUGCCUUAGCCCUGUGUUCUGGGAAGAUAGGGGGUCUGAGGGCAGGGGCGGUGGUGUGACCUGUCCGGUUUGCUCAGGGAGGCCUCAGCUCUCCAGCCCUCCUCAAGGAGUUAUCCUCCUUGGGUGCCGUACAUGGGUAUGAGGGUCCCAACUUCCAUCAUCUCCCACAGCAAGCAGGAGAGGGAGGUGUGACCCGGUUCCAGAAAGGCAUCCCAUGCCAGGCUUGUCCUUGCAGUCCCCACCCUCGGGCACCCACACACACCCAGGCUCGAUUCUCAGACCCUCCUGUCCAUCCCCACUUGCCCCUCAAAGCUGCCGGGGAACAAGCCAGGUUUGGCCUGACCCCAGAUGGGAGCUGCAGGCAGAACCCUUGCUCCUCCAGAUUCCAGCCCCAGAGGGUGGGGCCUACAGGAAGCUUGGAGGGAGGGGCCACCCCGACCCCCA